AUUCACAACCGGUUCCUUCACGGCAAUGACAUCUUAAAAAAGAGAAAGAAACGUUCAGCACCCGGGCUUUUAGGAAAGCGACUUGGUUAACGCCGCCCGUUGCCGGGAGGGUCGAGUUUCCUAGUUAUCUGGUUGAAAUCAGCCGGUUCAAUGGGCUCUGGAGAACACACACUCAGUUUAGUGGAGGUCCUCAGCCACAGCCAUGAAGCACGAGAUGAGCAGUCUCCCGACAGGGGCAAGUCCCUAGAGGACUUGGAAAAGACACUGGAGGCCAAGCAGGGUGGCGAGAUGCCUCUGGAAGAGUUGCUUUCUCUGUAUGGGUACGAGGUGUCAGAGCCCGUUUUAGAGCACGACAGGGAGCCCAAUGAGCUGACGGCCACCCUGCCCGACAUGACACUGGACAAGGAUCAGAUAGCAAAGGAUCUGCUUUCGGGAGAGGAGGAAGAGGAGACUCAGUCAUCGGCUGAUGACCUCACCCCUUCCGUCACCUCCCAUGCCUCCGACAUUUUCCGGCGCCACCUGCGUGCCCAGUCCCUCGGAGACAAAGACAAGGAGAGUUCCUCAGAGGCAGAUUCCGACGGUGCCUCCAUUCACUCCGGCGAUGGUCGCAAGGAUAUCAUGGUUGGCCCGCAAUUUCAGGCCACAAUCCCUCCACUCAACACUCGCUUGUACCAGGAAAGAGCCUAUGAGAAUGAGGACCAGCUGCUGUGGGCCCCGGGGAUGCUGCCAGUUGCGGCUGUGGAGGACUUCCUGUUGCAGGCCCAGAGGCAAGGGGGCCAAGAGGGAGCGACAGAGACCCCCACAUCAGGGGACAUUAUCAAGGACAACGAGCAGGCUCUUUAUGAGCUGGUGAAAUGCAAUUUCAAUGCAGAGGAAGCCCUCAGACGACUGCACUUUAAUGUCAAAGUGUUCAGUGAGGAACUUUGUGCCUGGAGCGAGGAGGAAUGCCGAAACUUCGAACAUGGAUAUCGAGUCCAUGGGAAGAAUUUCCACCUCAUCCAGGCAAACAAGGUGCGCACACGCUCUGUCGGGGAAUGUGUGGAGUAUUACUACAUGUGGAAGAAGUCGGAGCGCCAUGAGUACUUCACACAGCAGACCACAAAACUGGGGCGUAAGAAAUACAGCCUGCAGUCAGGCAUCAUGGAGGAUGGGGAGCAGGAUGGUGAUGGCGCAGAGGUGGAGGGUAGCAGCCACCCUCUCAGUUCGCCGCCUGGAGCCUUGGCCACCUCUCAGCCUGGCCCCCCUUCUCCUGCAGCCGUCCUAGAUCUGGAAAAGCAAGAUGCGGAGCUGGGUGGAGGGAUUUCGGACCUGUGUGGGAAUCCAUGCCCGAGUCCUCCCAGAGAGCCACUCCUCAAUCAGCUCUCCCUCUUGUCCACCAAGGAGGACCCGCCGCAGCCUGUCAAACACUGUCCUGGCCCCACCGGCCGCCUGGCCCCACCCUCUGGCCCGCUGGCCCAGUGCCACGCCCCACAGGGACCCUAUGACAGCGCUCUCCCUCAGCCAUCGGGACCUCAGCUCCUGGGUCCUGGGUUUUAUCAACUGCAGCUGGGGCCGUUUGUCACAGACGGUAUGUCGACAGAGUCUGGCGCCACCAAGAGGCUGCAGGUGGGCUUUUCGCUGCCCUCGCCACCCCCGCCCUCGCCUGCCGUUGCCUCCACGGUCUCCGUGACCUCUGAGUUCGGGGUCAUCAGCAGCUUCUUGUGCCCCCGUGCCAUGCACACCCCCCCCGUGCGACACCCGCGCUCCCUCAAACAGUGAGCGCAGUCGACGCCUGUUCCCUUUCACUUAUUUAUUUCCUUCCAACUUCAUACUUCGCGGCCCACAUCAUGUGACAUCCACCUUCCGUCACAAAAUGAAUAUGGAUUAACGCCACUCAACGAAGAAGCGCAAACGCGUAACGUGAUGUGACCGUUAUUUCGGCUUUGAGCCCCCCCCCCCCCCCCCGCUUCCACAUAGCAGUUGCGGAGUUUUGUCCCAGGAGAGCAUUUGCCCUUCAACUCAAAGAAGCUCGAAUUUGGGAAUUGAACCAUACAGCUUCGAAAGUGGGACUUGGAGGUCCUCAACCACUACCGAGACCCCAGCAACAGCGUGAAGACACACUGCUUCCGAGUUGAGGAUUACUUCCUGUGCAGCUUAUGGACCUGGGAUCUCCUGGGUUCUUAUCCUUAAUGGGGUGUUCCUGAUCCUAAAGUAUGGUGAAUCUAAACAUUAUGAAAUGAACUGAUAACCAUGUGCACCUACAGUAUGCCGGGUCGAGUUACUGACACCCUAGAUAAUGAUGUCUGUCAGGAGGGGCGUUCUGAACAACUACAUGUAUCUGGUACUGAAGCUGUGGAUCAUGGACGUUUAGCUCACUCCAUUUACUUCAUUCUGGUAAUUUAUUUUGUAAGGGGACUUUAUCAGAUGAAAGCUAGGACAGAUUAUGGCUAAUAUAUAUAUAUAUUUUCCUUUUGAAUAUGAAGUGUUGGGUAUAAACACAAUGAAACUUACUUACUGUGUGUAAAUUGCAUUUUAGAAGUAUACUUUUUCUACUACCCUGGACUUUCGGUGUUGUUCUCCUUCAAAGUUCAGUUCCCAGAUCCUUUAACCAGAUCCUUUCCCAGAAUGCUCUGGCAGCUUCUGAAGACGAGACAAAUGCCAAUGUUUUACUCGCUGACUCAGGUAACAUGGCUCCUGUUUUUUCUCUCUCUUUGUUUGUUUUUUAAAUUUUGGUUUUUGAUGACUAGCUGAGGUGCAGCUCUGCUGUGUGUCGAGCGGUGAUGAUGUCACCUUACGGCAUUAACUGCAAAGCCAAUAAGCUGCUCAGCUCGUCUGCAUGACGCCUUGGCUGUGGUGGGACCUGACCUACCGCCCCCCACCCUGAAAGAGAGGGACCUUUUCUCCCCUUUCUUUGUAUUAUUGUGGGUAUGGCUGUAUUUUUCCUGUCCUCAGCUUUUUCGUUUACAGUUUCUGACAAGUUUUUGUUUUGGGACAAGGGUUAUAGAGGAGAAACACUGCCUAUAUUCUUUUUUAGCAAUUUGUAUUAUAUUGCAUCCAUUCUCGUUGGUUUGUCAUUUAUAUUUUGUAAAAAAAAAAAAAAAUGAAAGAAAAAUAUGAAACGGCACAUUGAGCCUCAUAACACUGGAAAUACACACACACACACACACUCACACACACACAUUCACAGUAAAACAUCCAUUGUAGUUUUUCUUCUCAAAAAAAUAAACUUGUGUUCUUUUGUUUCAGACUACUAUUUGUGCUUUAAAUUAAGUAAACUUGUGGCAAUGCAAAUCAUCACAAAACUUAAUAUAGAUAUACCAAGAGCAGCCAGCAGGUGGCCCUGUCUUUCCAUGAAACUCUUCAAUAUCUGUGUCUUGUGUGAGUUAUUAGGAAAGUUGGCUUUCCGAAAUGUGUCCCCAUGGUGGUGUUUCUUGGUACAGCUGAGAAGUUAUUCCUGCGUUAUUUUCUUUUAUUGGAUAUGGUGGUCAGGUCUUGUGGGCACCAUUUAAUUUUGUGAAUCACAGUUAAGAGUCGGGCUCGGUAACCAUCAGAUGUUGUAUUGACAUGUUGAGACAGUCACCCAGUCAAUGACUGACCUAAUUAUGAGUUCAGCUUACCUCAGUCCACAUCAACAGAUUCAUCAUCAUCAAGAAGGAAAGUUAGGGGAGGUGGUGGCUCUACAGUACUGUAUUUUUUUAAGCUGCUUGAUCUUGAGUUAAUAUUUGAGCACACUGAGCCAAAAACAUAGUGAAACCGUUGGCUGAAUAAAUUUCAGUGUUUACAAAAUGUAAAUGAUUGCAUCCCUGUUACAAAUGGAUCUAUUGUCUGUGAUUAAUGAAAUCUACAUUAAUGAGGUUAAUUUAGCUCCCAGCUUAUCAUGCAUUCCACAGGAGCAGAGCAUGUGCAAACUUGGCACACUUAUGCUUUGCAUAUCCCUGUUGCUCAACUGUUCUGCAUUUGAAGAAAAGAGAAAAAAGAACAUAGCCAAAUUUGGCAUUCAUGAAUAUUUAACAGAGAAAAAUUGCUACCUGACAUUUUCUGGCUUCCAGCUACAAAUAACCUUGUACCAUCUUCUUAAUCAGUGUUUAGCAGUUUUGUUUGAAGGUGGUUUCACCCAGUCACAUUUAAAUGUUUAAGGUUCAUGGCGUCCCGAUUUGAAUAUCAGACUUCCCUUAGAAUCAUCCCUCAGCUUGGAAGAGCUGCAUCAGUUGGUUGCAAACAAAAGGUUUGUGGAUGAACUGGAGGAAUGAUGCUGCAGUGAGAUGAUGCAAACUUCUUUUCAGUCUAAUUCAAUAGUGCAGGUCAGGAAAAGGCCAUAUUUACUCUUAAAUGUAUGAGGAUUUCCAUGACAGCUGGUUUUAGGGGAAUUUGGCCGUUUGAACACAGCAUGGUAAUCUUUGCUCUAGUUGAUGGCUGUAAUCUGGUUUCAGAAUGGCUGUAUACAUCUUUAAAACACUGACAGCAAUCAAAAUGGACUAUUGUAAGAUAAUCAGUUAUUUUACAGGUAAAUACUAAUUAUCAGUAUGCAUUUGUUUAACUUUUUCAAGGAUUUGCUGCUGCGUAUUUUCAUAAAGCUGCCCCACUUGGUCUGGUUCUAAAAUUGUUGUAUGCAACUUCUAAUGGAAAGUGGGAAAUUUUACAAACUUUCCUAAAAUAUUGAAGCUGUGUUUGUGGAAAUAUUUUUUUUUAAAUCCUGUGAAUUUAGUCAUUUCCCUUCAAACAAACUCUUGUAAUUACUAUUAAAGAUAAUUAAGAUGAAA